AUGCUGAAGCCGGGAGAGCCGAGCGCCUUCCUGAAGGUAGACCCGUCCUACCUGCACCACUGGCAACAGCUCUUCCCCCAAACCCCCCAGACCCCCCCUGGCCAGACCCCCUCAGGCCAGUCCACCCCGGGCCAGACUCCCCCGGGCCGGACCCCCCCGGGCCAGACCAGCCCGGGCCAGACUCCCCCGGGCCAGCGCGUAUCUGUCCCGGGAGAGAGUUUGAGAGCGACCCGGCUCAACCACCACCUCAUCUCCUCCACAAACUGUUCCUCCACCACCUCCUCCGCGGCUCCCACUCCGUCCUCCACCUCCUGCCCCUCCGGCUCCUCGGUGGCCUCCUCCCUGGCCGGACUAUCCCAGCUGCCGGUCCCCCAACAUAUCGCCCUGUUCGGCCCCGGGUCCGGGGACUCAGCGGCGGGGCUCCACCCAGACCCCCGGGGGCUCCACCCGGAGCCCCGGGACCUCCACUCGGACGGCCCGCCGAGCUGCGCCGUGGUCUCGUCCAGCGGGAGGAGCUCCGGCGGCCCCUGCCCGCCGUCGUGCCGGGGGAGGCUGACCUCGGAGCAGCUCGACUACUACCUGUACGGCCAGCAGCGGAUGGAGAUCAUCCCGCUGAACCCGCACAGCGGCGACCUCAACCACCGUAAGAGAACCGCGCUACCACUUUCACUACGAUGA